AUGGGUGGCGAUCUCAACUUGAAGAAGUCAUGGCAUCCCGUGCUCAUGAGCAAUCAGAGGCGGGUGUGGGAAGAAGAGAAGAAGGCACUGGACGAAAGAAAACGGACAGACCAGCGCGUCAAGGAGCUCAAGGAGGAGCGGGCAAAGGAGGAGAUCCAGGCGAAACUCGAAGCAGCAGGGAGUCGGAAGCGGAUUGAUCGCGUGGAAUGGAUGUACCAAGGGCCAUCGAGUGGCCAGGCUGGGACUACGGAGGAAAUGGAAGGCUAUCUGUUAGGAAAGAGACGCAUUGAUGGGUUGAUCAAAGGAACCGAGCACAAGAAGUUGGAGAAGCAAGCCUCAGAAGACAGUUUUAUGGCUCUGCAGCACGCGAAUACUCUCCGGGACACAACGGCCAAGGUUCGUGAAGACCCGUUGCUGGCUAUCAAGAAACAGGAGCAGGCUGCAUACGAGUCUAUGAUGAACGAUCCGGUCAAGAGGCGACAACUACUUGCGAUUGCUGGGGGACAGAAGAGUGAGAAAUCUGAGGAAAAGGAGAAGAAGCACCGGAGACACCACCAUCGGCAUCGGGAUGACCCAGAUGAUGAGCGGAGGCAUAAGAGACGAAGGCCAGAUGAUGAUGAUCGGGAUCAUCGGAGCGGCAGAUCAGAGCACCGGAGACGCAGGUCGCCUUCAAAUUCUAGAUCGCGGAGCCCUGCGCGGAGGAGGAAUAGCUUCGACAGGUCUCGGAGUCCUAUCCGUAGACGGGAUGGCUUCAACAGAACGCGAAGACCAAGAUCAGAAUCGCCAGAGGAGCGUGGAAGAACCGGAACAGAUGGAGACCACUAUAAGAGGAGACGUAGGAAUUCCUCUUCAGUCGAGUCUAGGUCGCCUUCACCAGAUCGGCGACGACGAUCUCCCGACCGGCGCAAGUCAUAUCCUACUGUUCGAGAUGACCGAAACCAAAACGACGGUUUCAACGCUGGAAAUGGCCGUCAUGAAGAUGCUCGAAGGAACGGUCGUGGCUAUGAACAAAGGGAUACUCGAUAUAACGGUCGUGGAUAUGAACAAAGGGGUCGCCCACAGCCCCAAGCCGCAGCUCCUAGAGAGGUAGCUUCCGGUGACCAAGAAGCAGAACGCCAGAGGAAGUUAGCAGCUAUGCAACAAGAUGCGUCAAAAUUAGAUACAGAUCGCGAGAAGCGCCUAGCUGCAUUGGCGGAACAGGAGAAAGCCGAUCGUGAGGCAGAGGAUAGGGCGCGAGCGAAAUCCUCAAAGUACACUGAUAAAGGCGACUUUAUGAAAGGGAUUCACCAGAAGGCCGGAAAUUUGGCUCUAGCAGAUCGGAUUGGUCGAGGAAGACAGGGGUUUCAGCGAGACGACGAUUAA